UCUCCGAACGAAGUCUGGCCCCGGAAAGUCGCGCGCGGCCCAACACCCGCCCGCCUCAGUUUCUGCCCAACUGAAACUGAGGCACGCGAAAAAUUGUGACAAGUGUCAAAACUUUACUUAACUUACCAGUGAGUGUGUGAUGACCUGGGACCAGACUUUCGAGGCAAGAGGUUGACCACAAAAGGCACAACAACAUCAAAAUGCCGCUAAUCAAGUCUUGCUGCUGUUGGAGGAGCCUGCGUAGGGGCUGCUAUGCAUCAGGGACUUACACCAUGCUAUAUUUUGCCGUGACCAUUAUCACCAUGGGUCAUUUUAUCGAAGUUGAGCAUCGCUACCUCAGCGGGCAGAUGAGCCAGCCCGAGUCGGAGAGUUUUUUGCAACCAGAUAAGAUCACACCGAUCACCGUUUCCUUGAACAUCACGCUGCUGGCUUGCAGUACUCUGGGACUCAUUUCCUGCAUCCUCAUGAUCGUUGGCGUUUACACGGACAAGAAGUUCCUGCUCCUCCCCUGGAUCGUCUCUAUGGCUCUGGAGACCCUCGUCGAAGUUAUCAAUCUGGGUUACCUCUUCUACCUUCAGACCUUCAAUUUCAAUCCUAUCACUGCUUUCCUGUUCACCCUGGACUUUUUCAUCAUCGUCUUGAACGUUUACACGAUGUUCUGCGUCAUUUCCCAGUUCCAGGAAUACCUCGCUGGCCGCGGCACCGCAGCUUUCGACACCAACGACCGGCUCGCCAGCGUCCAAUACACGGCGACGGCCCAACACACCACCACCACGAGUUCGGCACCAAGUGGCCGUCGUCGAUCUGCUGGCAGACCAGCCCCAAGUCGCUGUGAUCUCGAGGAACAUUCCGAGGUCCAAGCAAAGAAUGCUUCCACAUUUCCAAAAACAUCUCGAUCGCAUGUAAAAAAACACGUACAAUUCCCAGAUGCAAAUAGUUGCAUUGAAGAAGCUACUGAAGCACCGCCAACUGUUGAAGAAAAACCUGAAGCACGUGUGAUCAGCUCGUUAUGGAUGGAGCUGGAGUCGGAAACGCCUGCGCCAGAACGAUGACGGCGUCGCAGCGAGCAGUACUACCGGCCGGUAUCUCGCGCGCGUCUCGAACGCCGCAAGAUGUCCGCAGCCGGCGUACCGCCCGCCGACACUGACACCAAGGAUUCGUAUCUGUAGCCAGAGCAAGGAUUAAGAUCAAAAUAAUGUUAUCUUUCCAUUAUUCAUUCAAAAAUUAUCAUCCAUCAAAAUUAAAACCAUCAAUAUUUACCAUCAUCUUUAGUUAUUUUAAUUGUUUAUUUAAUAUUUUUUAAUGUCUUUCUGAAAAAGUCAUGUAACAUCAGAAAAAAAUUGAGCAAUCGUACCUAAAGCUCUCUUUCUUGCGGUUCGGGUCCUGAUUUCGCUCACAAAAAUUGUGAAUUUUCCCAUCUUCAUGCGGUAUUAACAAAAAUACACAACGGACAGAAGCAAAUCCAAACAGAAAGAAAAAAUAUCGUUUAAUGGUCUCAAUUAUUUGAUAUUAAGUUGGUUAAAUUGAAAAUUAUAAAAUCAUUUGGAACGUUAAGAACAAACCUUCAUAUAUUCGAGCAUGACGUCGCAGACUGAGAUUUCAUCUCUAUGUGAUUCUAUUAUACAAAACAUGGGUUUCGCCAGCCGUUUAUUUAGCGGGGAAGGGAAAUGAUCGAGGGGGUAUACAUUUGUAUUCAUUUUUAUAUAACUAUAAUAUAUAUAAUUUUUUACAUUUUUGUAUUCUCUAGGGGAGGGUUUACUUUAUAUAUUCCUAAUAUGUAAUUGUACAUUUUUCAAUUCUACCGUCAGCACUCACGACCUCAAAAACUAAAACUAAGCAAAAAGUACUCAAAUCUUGUAACCAUUAAACUAAUCACCGGAAUUCAAUAUUAGUUAUUUGCCCUAAAUAGUUAGAUCACGCAGUCUUACAGAUUAAAGGUCACUUGACAACAGCACACUAAACAAAACCUAACAACAUAUUAACAAGCUGCUCAAGACCUCAGACUCGUCUUUAACUUCAAAAAAAAUCGGAUGAUCCAUUUGUCGCUCUGUCAGACGAAUGCGCGAGUAUACGAAGGUUAAAAGUAUGAUUUCAAUUCGUUCUUGUCAAAAUUUUUAUAAAAAAAAAAUAAAAAAGCCAAUGGGACAAAAAAUCGAUAUUUUUUCCAAGCAUGAUGAAACGAUUUGUAAAACCCUAAAAUUGUAUAUUUUUGUAAGAAGCAAGUCAAAAUUAUUUUGAGAAA